AUGCUCCUAUCACGUGUCCGCGCAUGUCUUCCAAGGACUCAAAGCGCCAACGACCCAAGCACGGAGGAAGACAUAGAUUCCCGUGCCGAAGGUGACGAGAUGUACAUCUUGGAGAUGCUGAUUGUAAGCCUGUCAAUGGCUCUUGGAAAGAUGACUAUGGAGAUGAUUCAGCAGCUUGACACAUUUGCUUCCAGCCACCGUGGCUUCACCAGGUCGAUCUUGACUUCUGCACAAGGGCUGGCAGCAUCCUGCUUGCAGUGCUGGGUGCUGCUGAUUUCGACAGAGAAGCCACAUGCUACAUUGCAGAUUCGGAACAUUGGAACGGCAGAAGAGUGCCUUGAAGAGUGCUUGCGAGCUGCGCUCUCACCAAGCUCUGCGCCCAAGAUUUUUCUGGUUGAAGGUUGGCUCAGAAACGGGGACAAGGCAGCCGCCGAAAAGUGGCUUCGAAGCUGCCUGGCCAUGUCCGCUGGACUUGCGGAGCUGUUGACGUCAAGGAAAAACAUCAAAGCACACCUUCGCGCGGCAGUUUGUCCCACACGUGAAGGUCCCACGCAGUCCAAGCAGAACUUCGGAGUGGAUGCUGCGGCUCACGGCGGCUUGUUGGAUGCUGGUGCAAGCGCGGGCAAUUUCGGAGAUGCCGAGGUGUUCGUGGUGAUGCUAGAGCAGUGCACUGCGAGCUGCUCUCCGUUGGCAGGGGUGCUUGCCAAGAAGGGCAGGUGCUAUGAAGUGGAGGCUUUGGGUGAGAGCUCGGAGUGGGAGGAUCUUGGCGCCAACGACUUCUUCCCUUGCGCACUCUUGCUGUCAGAUUCUCUUGACAAGGCGGAGCAGAUGUCGAGGGCCGUCGUCGCAGUUACAUGUCAGCUUGAGAUCAACGAACUUCUUGUGCAGAAGGCAUACUGUCACAACUUCGGGAGCAGAGAUUGGCGCAAGAAGACGAUCGAGUGCCUCCGUCACCAGGAUCUCGAUGCGUUGGCCGCCGACGUCUGGCUGAUGAGCCCGCCCUGCCAGCCUUUCACGCGGUCGGGGAAGCGGAAAGACCACGAGGAUGACAGGUCCCGUGGGCUGCUGCACCUGGUCAGCUUGCUCCCGGAGAUGCAUCAUCCUCCGCGCCGCAUCUUGCUGGAGAACGUCAUCGGCUUCGAGCGUUCGGAAUGCCGCCGCCGUCUCGUGCAAGCACUGGCAACCUUGGGCUGGGAGCUGACUGAGUUUGCCUUAGACGCCGAGGACUUUGGCCUUCCCAACCGUCGUCCGCGCUACUAUGGCCUCUUCCGCUCUCCCCUGCGACUGGGCACGGAAGCGCCCGACGAAG